CGUCUUUACUCUGUAUUCAGUCGGUCAAGUGAGUGUUAAAAGAGGGUAAAAAACAACUGUGUGUAUGGAUCAACUUGUGACAAACCUCCUUACAAAUUGGGGGUUCUUCCAAUAUAUUGAUGUGUUUGCAGCUCUCCACUGAGAAGAUUAGUAUUGAGGGAUCAGGUACGGAUCCAGGCAGCCCCCAAUCCUUCCUCACAAAUAUUUCGAGCUUUAUUCGAGAUAACUUUGUGGAAUCUCCACUCCAACAAGCUGCAGCAGGUUCACUUGAGGAACAGAAUUUGCUGUCGCCUCAACACGAGAUUCCACCAACACAUCCCACACCCCCAACACCUAUCUUGGAACAAGAUGAUGCGGCACAUGUAAGGAAUGUUCUGCUAAGCAGUCUGCAGGGCCGUAUUAUAUUAAGCAGCGAGGCUGCCAAAACUGGCCUUCUCCAUCAACGACAAAGAAAGGAGAUUGUAAAAUUAUUAAUUAAUCACAAAUUUGAGCGCAAUCCCCAAGUUCAUAUUACAUUCGCACGGUUCCAAACCCUCGCCAGAGGCAUUGCACAGCUUUUUAACUGUGAAUCACCAGUGCUGUACUAUACAGCAUACAUUUCUGCCCAACAAGGAAAGCCCAAGAGAAACCCAUCCGGCAGUCUGUAUAAUUAUUACUUGAGACAGAGACGUAACCUUAUUAGCAAGCAGGCAGUAGAACCCUUUCGGAAGCGGAAAGGCACCUCUAGCUCCACAACCUCAGAGAACUCGGGAACAGAGAAUAGGAAGGAAGCUCCCAUUGAUUUAUCCACCCUUGGUGCGGGUAAGAAUCUUGAUACAUAUAUACAGGGUUAG